AUGUCGGUAUUCACUGCUUUAAAUUCAUCUCCUCAUGAUGCGCUACUAGAGGCUGAAGUACAUUCGAGGGAAUUGCAGGUUGAGGAGAGUUUUAGAGUAUUUCAAAGCGCCCUAUAUCAUUUAAAAGCAAAGCGAUUUGAGGAUGCAGAGGAAAAGUUUGUUCAGUUGUUUAAUAUAGACGUUUUGAAACCUGAUCAGUGGGGAUUUUAUAAGUACUCUUCACCGACCUUAGAUUCAUUGAGGUACUUGGCUUAUAGAAAUAGAGGGGUUUUCUACUAUCAAUAUGUUAAGGAAAAUAUGGACAAAAUGGAUAAAGAUGGUAUAGUCGACUGCAUUUUAAAGGUUGUUGAAAAUCUCGUGCAAUCUUUGCAGCAUAGUAAUGGAGAUGCAGCUGUUACAAAGCUUCUAUUACAAGUUUUUAAGGGCUUUAAGACUAAACGUUUACAAAGGUGGAUCUUGGAAUAUGAGGCUACUAAAGAGCCUGAUGAAACACUUCUGAUUGGAAGGGGUAAUGCUCUACUACCUGAGAAGAAAAGAUUCAUUAAAGAGUAUCUUGAUUUGCUUUCAGAACUAAAGGAAUUUAACACGUCUGCUUCUGCGUCACAGAUGAUUUGUUUGAUCAAAGACAGUGAAAUACAGCCAUCGGUGCUUCCGCCAGUCUUGGAUCGUAUUGGAAUGAUGAAAGAGGAAGACGACGUUAUGAUGAAGGAGUUAGACGAAUAUGUUGUGAAUCUGGACGAGUUAAGCUGGGAAUGUAUCGCGGAAUCAUUCCGAAAUCUGGUGCCCAAGUUUAAAUAUGCCAACCUGUUCAGCAAAAUUCCCGAUCCAUAUAGCGAGGCAAAGGAGCCAGUUGAAUCCAUUAAGUUUGUUUACAACGAGAAACGAAUUGAGCGGGAUGUAAUUGAAGUUAAACCAUGUAAUGAAGAGGGUAUUAGUGUUACUGCAUCCGAACUCACUUCUAGCCUGCUGCGUCAACAGGAACAAGAUGAAGGAGGUUCAUCAGUAAAGCCAGAAGAUAAAAGAGAAUCAGAGGAGCACAGUGAAACUCAGCGACCUGCGCAAAGAUCCAGCAAGCGUUUCAAAGUGAAGAAUCCUGAAUUUAACGAAACAGAGUUACUGAAACCUCAUGUAGGAUUCUUUGAGAUAUUCAAUAGAUGCACCGAUUUUGUAGGAAGUUCUGAAAAGCUGGACGUGGAGCGUCUAAAUCCAGAAUCAAUUUCCGUCGAAUAUCCUGGCAGAAUGGCAAUGCUGGACUUUUACGAAUGUUUGAACUCCUGGACUAGUAAGCAUACAGAAUUUUUGAAUCAAAAUGACUCUAAGGGCACAACAAAAAGGAAGGGUAAAGGUGAAGAUAGUUUUCAAGUGAUAUCUUUAUUAAGAUCAAGUAUGUUUACGGACGAAAACCAUCCUACAAUAUCUUUGACCGAAUUACCCAAUGAGGAUGUCCUUAACUUUGUAUCUACUGUUAAUGAUAAUAAACUGCAUUUCCAUGCUGUCAGAUUACUACUGCUGGACAGAUUACUCUCUGUGAAGGGCCCCGAUGAGACCUGUCUUAUAACAGACUCCUUUUGGUCUCCAAUUCUAUUUGAUACAAUUGAAUCUUUUGCAGUGAGCAUGGAAUCAACAAUCUUUGAUAUCGUGUAUGCUCAACGGAAAAAAUACGAUGCGCUAGGUUUAUCGGUUUACGAAGUGCUUGUGAAUAUGCUAAGCGGUAUAUACACUGAAAUGACAGCUAAAAAACUCAGUGGAAGCAAGGUUGGAGAACUAGAUGGUCAAAAGAAUAAACUAGGAAAAAAGCUUGACAGGUGGAUUUGGCUUUUGGAUCAAAUAAACUUCGAAGGGAAGCUAAAAUUUCGGUAUCUAUGGUCGAAGUUCUGCUACCUACAAUGUAUUAGUGAAGUUACUGAUGAAAGGCUUGUUAUUUCUUUGGAUCAUAUAAUUGCGGAAUUGAAUAAGUCUAACAUUGAAAUUGACAUUUCAUACGCUAACUACCAGCAUACUCCACGUCUUCAUAUUCAGACAGUUCAAUCCCAGCGUUCAAAAAUUAAGAUGGUCUGUAAAUUUACCAUGAUGCCAACUUCAGAUACUGAGAAUGAAGAUGAAUCAAAUCACGAUCAGUUGGAAGCAUUAUCGAGGGUAUUAUUGGUAUCUACCGAGCUGGAUGCUCCAGAGGAGAUAGAAAUGGCAGAAUUUGUGAAACAGUCGCCAUUUUUACUAAAACUAAAAUUGUGGAGAAUAGUGUUAGAUCAUUACCUUACUAUGAAAGAUCAUAAAAAUUUCCAACUCUGUUACUUCAAAGUCCUUGGAGGAUUAUAUGAUAGGUUGUGUUCUAAGGAGUAUAGCAACCAGUCGCAACUUCAAAGGCAGCAAACACUCCUUUCGACCCUCUCAUUAGUUAAGUCGUUUACCUCCCUCUUCAUUGAGUUAAUUUCAGAUCAUAACAAAGAAUGGGAAAUAAUAGUUGACGAUGAUAUUGCAGAUAGGUUUGAACUUUUGACCAGGGUUUUUAUCGUAAUUUAUCCUCUAAUUUACUUUGAGACGUUGUCUAACAAUAGGAAUAGAAAGUUUCAGUCAUUCUUCAAGAAGGCAGCUAAAUCGUCCUCUAUACUAAAGGAUAUCUUUAUCGAUAUUGUUUGUAUGCUGAUAAUGCUAUUCAGGAAAUACGUUGAAACAAAAGAUUCUUCAUCAGCAUUGUUUUUAACAGUUGAUCUCAUUUGUGAGCUACACUCGUUGAUCGGUGGUUUUCAAUUCUGUGAUUCUGGCAGCGGUAAUUUCCUCAAUUUAGCAGAAAGCUUCUUUUGUUCAGUAUCAAACAGCUCAACAUUUACACCAUUGAGGCAAAUUCUCUUGUGCAAGUAUCAUUUAUCAAUAGGGGGUGAUUCUCUUACAUUUGAAGAGCAUAAUACAAACGCCCAUGCGAUGGAUCUAGAAAGUGCUGUCCGGCUGGCAAAAUAUCUCAUUAGGUAUGAAUACCAAAAUAAGAAUCCCUUCCUAAUAACAACUAGCAGGUCUAAUUUCAAACAAUUAAUUGAUAAUGUAAUUGAAGUCAUUGGUAAAGUAAAUUAUUCGAAAAGCCAUAUUCUCUCUCGGAAUUUUUACUUCUUUGAACAGUACUUGGAAUCUCCGGUGAAUGUAAGAACAAUAAGAGAGGCACUUAAUGGAACUCUAGAAAUAGAAUUGACAAAGCCAUGCGAUGGGCUGCAAGAAAUAAUCGACCUUGGAUUAUAUUAUAUUAGUGGGGUGCAACUAUUAAACUUCUAUAAGCUUCGUAAGAAGACCUUACAGGCUCGUCCAUCUGAGCUUGAUUCUAUUAUAGAAACAUUAAAGACUGAUAUCUUGUACAAAACUAAUCGUUUUGAAACAUGGUUGUUGUUAGGUAAGUGCUAUUCUUACGUUGUAGAGGAUGAUUUAAUUUGGACGUCAGAUAAACUCGUGGUCCCUGCAAAGAAAGCGACGAUUGCAUCAGUUCAAAGAAAAGCUAUAAUGUGUUACCUAAUGGCAUUAAGCCUUUGCCAAGCCGUCACCCAGUCGGAGACAAUCACUGGGACUCAGAAGUCAGAAAACGAACUUAUUAUACGGGAAAUAUACGAGGCCCUGGCGCUUGAAUUGUUAAAUGCUCAUCAUAAGCCUAUGGAUAGCCUCUGUUUCCAAUGGAACUUUGGUCCUACCCUGCUUCUAACAGAAGAUCGCGAGUUAGUUGAAUCUCCAGGCAAUUCGGUGCCCUCGAUUUCCGUCGAGAAUAUUUAUCACGUUACGCUAUUAUCCUUUCAGAAAGCCUACGAACUACACGGACAAUUGCCCGAUUCCACUCAAAAUUGGUUGAACAUCCACUACAUUGUCAAGUUGAGAUUCAAGCUCGAGAAGGCUGACUUUGCCAAAAACUGUAAUGACUUGUCUAUAGAAGCAUGCAAUUUGGCAAUUGCUGCAUCUACAAAUGGGGAUGUAAUACUUGAGCCACAUUAUUCGCUUGUGGUAAAGUGUUACAAAUCGGUUAAAAAUGAUUGGAUCACCGUCACGGAGGGUAUGAAGCAGCUAUCAAUGGACAAUGACUUCUUCGCACAAGAUGCAUCUUUUUUUGAAACAACAGACUCUACCUCUAAAUCGGAUUUCUAUAAAAAGGUCAUUGAGCUAUUACGAAAACUUCUUGCCUCUGACAAAAGGAAGUGGCACCAUAGACCGCGGUAUAGAAUCGCAAAGGUUCUUUUUGAUGACUUCGGCGACAUUGAUGGUGCCAUUGAGGAAAUGGGUCAAUUAAUGGCCUUAAAAAGCGUCAACAAAAAUCUCGUCAACAUCUGGAAACCGGAGUAUGAGCGACCAGGAAAACAUUUUGUAUACACAUACCAAUAUGUCAUGUUCUAUCUGAAUUUAUUAAGCAGUAAGCAUGAUUAUAUUUCUCUAGGACACGCGGCGAGAAAAAUGAGAAGAUUUGGGUCUGGUAUGAUUAAUGGAGCACAAGCCACCGAUAGAGCAGUAGAAUUAUUCCUCACAGGUGCAAGAACUGCUCUUGAACUCAAUGAGAAGGAACAUGCUGAGUUAUUACUGCCAUCCUUGAAUUAUCAAGCAUUUAACAAAAAUUGUGACGACUUAAUCGCAUCUUUUAACCAAGAGAACUACACCACCGAUGUCUUGGACACAUUAUCCAUCGCCUACCAGCUCAAAAAAGGUUCCAGCAGCAUAGCAUUCGAUGGUGUAUGUUUAAGUAUAUUUUUCAAGUACUUCUAUCUUCCCUGGACAAUCGAACAUGUCCGUGACGAUGAUGCUCAACCACAACAACCAGUUAAAUUUGUGGACAAUACAAAUAGUACACCAUCUGCAGAUCCUGAAGCGAUUCCUCAGUCAAAAUCUAAUAACGAUACGAAAACCAAUACCAAACAGGUAUCCUCCAGGAAAAGAGUCAGUAAGAAGGACACCUUUGACAAGGUCUCUCAGAUCGUUGACAAAAUCACGUGA